AUGGCCACGUUCAUAGCCAUCGAAAAUGAAAAAGACAAAGAAGGAAAACAGGAAGCAACUGAAGUGAAUGAGCCCAGUGAGAAGCCACAGAGUCAACCAGGCAGUUCUGCAUUAGAUACCAGCAGCAAUGUGGCAGAAGAAGCAACAAAUGAAAUCAAAUCCCAAGAAUUAAAACUGGAGGGGCAGCCCGAAACCUCAACUGAUUCAACAGAGGAAUUUAACAUUGGAGUCUCAAAGAAUAUUGUGGUUAGAAAACCUGCAAAAGUGGUUUUUGAUUUGGACCAAACUGUACAGGAUUCAAACCUAGACCAACUAUGGAAGAAAAAUCUUCUUGAAAGAGUAGAGGCAAGAGCUCUGGCAAUGCAGCAGAAAAUAAUAGAUAAGGAUAAACUGAAGAAAGAACUAGAGAAGAAGGCUGAGAAAAAAAUCCCUAAGGAUAAUCUGGCCAAAGAGUGGUUUAAUAUUGAAAAUAUGAGAGUAGAUGAUCGUGUUUAUUUGCUUGACAAACUUCUACCCACCUUAGUUCUUGGAGUGGAAAAAAUGUUAAUGCAAGUGGAAAGAAAGAAGCUUCUGACAGAAGUUGAUAUUCCAACUAAAUUUGAUCCAAUUAAUUAUCUGGGGGAAUACUUAAUGAGAAACAACCCUUAUUAUAUCAAAGGCUCAGGAUUGUCCGGUUAUCAGAGGGUGAUGAGAGAAGUCACAGAAGAUCUGAAGAUACAUGUUACCAACACUAUCAACAACAGAGUAUCCAAUAUGAAGGAGAAGAUUAAAGAGAGAAAAGAACAAAGAGAAAGCAUAAACGAUCUCAAAGUCAAGGUGGCCAACACACGGAAACAGACUCUCCAGGAACAGUUCAAUGAAUGGAUUGUAGACCCCAAAGGAAUGAUUCCUAUGACAGUGAUUCAGAAUGUUCUUCAUGAAUUUUUCCAAAACCCAGAUUUCCAGUUUGGAAGUCAUUUCAAGCAGUUGAAUAUUGCUGACUCGAUGGAACAAAGAUUGAACAAAAUGGAAUUUACAGAAUACAUCUCUUCACAAAUUGUGGAUUUUAAAACUGAAAUGUUUGAGGAACUCCUUAAGCACCUUUGCCACUGCGCUGAAGAAUUCCGGGAGGUCAUAAAAAUGGAUAUGCAGAGGCAGAUGUUUGCUGAACUCUUCCUGCAUUGUGACUAUGGGAAGGUAGGGUUUUUGGAUCGGCAGAGGACAUUAGCUUUGCUGGAAACAUUCUAUGACCAAAGUUCAAAAAUGCUGCGAAGUUCACUCCGAAACCCAAGACAAUGGCCAUUCAUUGAAUUUGAAGAGAUGGACUUGUCUGAGUUCUGGGGAGACAUGGAUAAUCAAAAACACAUUUAUGAAGACUUUGACAAUGUGCUCUUAGAGAUGAAUAGAUUACUGUCUGGAAAACAUGCUGGCAAAACCCAAAGUGAAUUAUUAAAGAAUUCAGAAGAUCAACACGAACAUGAUAAACAUAGAAAAUCAACACUAUUACCAAGUGUACCUGAACAUCAGCAAGGGACAAUUGCAAGACCAGAACCAAAUGAAAUUUUAACUGAAGAACAAGACACAGAGUCAACUGGAGAACAAGAACUGUACAGAGACUCAAUAACAGCACAAGGACAACACAAAGGGUCAACGAUGCAACAAGAAACAUACAGAGGAGGGUCGAUUGAAGAAGGGUCCCACAGAGAGUCAGGAGUAGAACAAGGACAACAGAGAGGGUCAGUUGCAGAAGAAGGACCUCGCAGAGGGUCAGUAACACCAAAAGGGUCACAGAGAGGGUCAACUGUAGAAGAUGGACUUCGCAGAGGGUCAGUAACACCAAAAGGAUUACACAGAGGGUCAGUUGUAGAAGAUGGAUCUCGCAGAGAGUCACUAUCACGAAAAGGAUCACGCAGAUCGUCACGCAGAGAGUCAACAAUAGGAGAAACAUAUAAAGGGUCAACUGAAGAACAAGAACCACUCACAGAGACAAGUCCAGAGGAACAGGACAUGGACUCAAUAUCACAAUCAAAGGAAGAUAGUAUCUUAACAGAAAGUGAAAAAUCUAGGGAGGCUACUCCCUUUGAGCAUAUUGAAAUCCCACCACAGGAAGAGAAGACUGAAGAGCAAAUAUCUAAAGAGCAACUAUUCACAAUUUCUGAACUUCAAGAAGAAGAUCUAGUAUCAAGUAAAAAAGAUAAUCUUUCAGAAACUGCAGAAGAGAAAGUUCAGAAAGACAAAGCUUGUGAACCCAAGUCCCCCCAUAUAGAAGGAAAGUCAUGGUCAGGUGAACUUUUCACUUGUAACUGGAAGAAGUAUGCCAAAUGUGAAGAUGAGGAACAGGCAAACUUAAUCUAUGGUAACUCCAGGUUCACAGACCUACAUUCAAUUAUCAGAAAUAUUCAGUCUUACAAAGAAGUGAAAGGCAGGAGUGCCUUCAAUGGAGUUUCCUUCAAUCUGCUCCAAUUUGUGCAACUCCUGGAGACAUUUGUUGGUGAAGAUGCCCCUUUGAGUGUCAGUGAGACCCUCACCUCCUUUUUUAAGAAAGGCUAUGUUGAAACAGAAGAAGAGAAAAUGAGUGCCUUAGAAGAGGCUAGACAGAAAGCGUCCCGAGUUCAACAGGGACUUCUCCUACAAGCCCUCUUCCAGAUGUGGGACAGUGAUGCCUCAGGUUUCUUGGAUCUGAAGGAAGUUGAUGAACUCUUGUAUGCAUACAAAGAAGGAAUGGAAAAAGAAUCUAUAGAGACAGCUAAACUGUUCAUCCAAUUCCCAAAGCCACACCCUGGUGAUGAAGUAAGGUUGUCUUCAAAACAGUUUCAGAAAUACAUAGAAUUGAUUGUAUCUGAACUCAACGGCAAUGAAGAUCAUGCUCUAGAAAGCCUUGUGGAGUUUCUGAUGACUGCUGUAGAAAGGAGCCAUAUUGAGGGUCUGAGGAAUAGUGCCAGACGGAAGUGGCUGCAUCACAUUCAACGGGCUGCAGAGACAAGUGGGGUGUCCCUGGAGCCAGUGUACACUGAGACCUUUAAGGCCCUCACACAGGAUGCUCAAGUCCAUGGAAAUAAGAAGAUCAGUGCCCACAUUUCCCUUUUAGAAGAAAACCAACUACUGCCUGAUAGAGGGACUGUUCUGUUAAGGAAUACAGCUUGUACUUUAGAAGAUGCUCCAUUUGUAUUAAACAAAGUGCUCUACAGGGACAUGAAAGGAAUCAGCUUUACAGUAGUAGAUGAAGGGAAGCCAAUACAUGUCCCCCAAGUUCAGCACCAUGGGAACAUUUUCUUCUGGAACCAUUCCCACAAGGAGACUGAUCAAAAUGGGUCAUUGCUCGCUCUGCCUCUUCAGGAUGCAUAUAUGAGGAUUUUUGGGGUCAUGGCUGUUGACACCCUAAGAGAUCCCCUGAAAAUAAACAUCUUCUUGCCUCAUGAGAUCAGAUUCUAUCAGGGUGUUGCCAAUGUCUUUAGUACUGCCUAUCACUACGUCCAUAGCCGGGAGCACAUCCUGCAUGUUGUGAUCACUGGUAUCAGUUGGCUCUACGACAUCACAUCUAGCAUUACCUCUGUCACUACAUACUUCACUGAGCCUAGCCCAGAGCAGGGUUCAGACUAUGUUUUACGCAAUAUGAUGGUCACGGGGCCCCUGGGUCUAACAGAAAUCCACAGAAAUCCCCCUACCAUCUUCAGGAAGACAUGCAUCUUCAGAGAUUUCCUCUUUAGGUGUAUAGACAGUUCAGAAGUUGUUUUGGCCUCUGUCCAUGGAGAAAACCACAUAGUUGUUCCACUUCGUGAGAGAACAGGAGAGGCUAUGGGAGCUCUUGAUUUUAACAUUGGCAGGAGUAAGAUGUUGUUAUAUCGAGAAUUUAAAGAUCUACAGAAGAUGAUGAAAGUGAUCCAAGCUGCCUGCUAUGAAAUACUGGGCGAAUUAUCAGGAGAAAUAAAGAAAAAUCUUGUCUUAGAGAUUGAAAAUGCAGGCGAAGUCCAGCGGGCAGGAGUCCUCUUUUUCCGAAUCAUGCUGCAAGAGCUGCAGGAAAGCCUGCGGAUGCUUGCCUCCACGCACUUCAUAUCCCUGCUGCUCUAUGAUUAUAAUCCUCUAGCAGAGCCGGAAUCUCUGUCCGACAGCCAGUCCCAGGAGGUAGAAGCCAACAUCAAACUAAUACAUGACAUCCUGACAGGGGCUAUCUUGUUCGUUGAUCCAGAGCUGGAAUUUUCAAGCGACUUAGGAAACUGGGAUAAAUGUAAAUUGCACAUUAACAGGUACUUAGUUGAGAAAAUUUGUACCUUCGAUCCAACUGCUAAGGAUGUGAAAGUUAAUUCAAAGCUCAUUGCUGAAUACAUCAAAGAUCACUCCCGAAUCAAAGUAUGGAAAUUUGGAAACAUCAUCAUCGAGUACCUAUACCACUGGUCACACAUCUGUUUAGCUCUCACAGAGAUAAACCAAAAACUAAACGAUUCUGUUACGCCUCCCUUCCCCUCCAAGACUGACUCCUGUGUGUAUGCAAAAAUGCCAGGUGGAAGCUGGCUAGGUAAAUGCUAG